AUGGGUGUCACUGGCCUGUGGACCGUCGUCCAGCCCUGUGCUCGACCUAUCAAGAUCGAAACCCUGAACAAGAAACGACUCGCCGUCGAUGCCUCCAUUUGGAUCUACCAAUUCUUGAAGGCCGUCCGCGACAAGGAUGGCAAUGCUCUGAGGAACAGUCACGUCGUUGGUUUCUUUCGUCGUAUCUGCAAGCUGCUCUACUUUGGCAUCAAGCCAGUCUUUGUAUUCGAUGGCGGCGCCCCUGCCCUCAAGCGUGCCACCAUCAACGCUCGCAAGCAGAGAAGAGAAGGAAGAAGAGAGGAUGCCACCCGUACUGCCGGCAAGCUGCUUGCCCUCCAGAUGCAACGUAUUGCUGAGGAAGAGGAGAAUAAUCGCAAGCGUGUCACACAUGCUGCUCCACCAGAAGAGGAGGAACCGCUGCCCGAUAAUCUGGUCUAUGCCGAUGAGGUUCUCAUGAACCCGCAGGAACGCCAGCAGAACAAGGCUUUCAGGAAGAAGGACCAGUACCAUCUCCCUGACCUAGGCGUGCCUCUUUCCGAGAUGGGUGCACCCAACGAUCCAAGAAUCAUGUCUCUCGAGGAGCUUGAAAACUACGCUCGUCAAUUCGAUACCGGCGAAGAUAUCAACGUCUAUGACUUUUCCAAGAUUGACUUUGACGGACCUUUCUUCCUCAGUCUUCCACCCAGUGAUCGCUACAACAUCCUCAACGCAGCUAGACUGCGAAGUAGACUCAGAAUGGGCUACUCCAAGGACCAGCUGGAUACAAUGUUUCCCGACCGCAUGGCUUUCUCCAAGUUCCAAAUCGAACGAGUAACCGAGCGCAAUGAUUUGACUCAACGUCUGAUGAACCUGAACGGCAUGAACGACGACCUCAUGUACGGCCUGGAUGCUCCCGGAAGAGUCGCUGGUGAGAGGGGUAGAGAGUAUGUGUUGGUCAAGAACGACGGUGUUGAAGGUGGCUGGGCCUUGGGUGUCGUUACGGGUAAAAGUGAUGGUGUGGAAAACAAACCAAUCGAUGUCGAUGCGACUGAGCAGGAAGCCAAUGAAGACCAAGAUGAAGAUGAGGACGAUGACUUCGAGGACGUCCCGAUCGAAGGUCUGAAUCGCUUGCCCAAAACCACGACCACUCAGCAAGAGAAGACGUUAGGCACGGAGAUGGCCAGACGAAGACAAGCUUUCUACAGAUCAAAGAGAAGCGCUCCUCGGAGGCGAACCAAGGCUUCUCAGUCUCGCAGGCCUGUGGAGGAAGCCGAGGGCUUGUUUGUAGAAGAUGACCAGGAUACUGUUAUGGAGGUGGACAACGAGGACGGCAGUGCUUCUGAUGACGAAGAGCUUCAGAGAGCUAUUGCCAUGUCUAUGCAAGAUGAGGAUGCCGAACAUGAACAAGACCAGGCGCAAGAAGAGGAAGAGAAAGAAGACUGGUUCGACAAAUUCCAGCAGUCCCGUGCGGAUGAGAGUCGUCCCAUCCCACGUGGUGGCGGGCUAGCUAUUGCACAUAUCGUCAACAGUCGAGCAGGCAAAGCAGUACCAGUCGCGUCGUCCCCUAACGGUGAAAACAACGACACGGAACUACAAGCUGCUCUCACAAAGUCUCGCGAUGAGACCACGCCUAAAUCUAACGCUUUUGGCGAGGACAGUGAUGAUAGUGAAGACGACAUGGACUUCCAGGCUGCACUGGCCGAGUCACGCAAGUCAAAGUACCAAUCUAAGCAGCCACCGAAGAGUCGACCAGAACCCCUGNUUCAUACUAAACCCGCUUCAGCAUCUAAGAACGCCGCUGGUUUUGCAGGACCUCUUCCCUUCGAAAAGCUAGAUCUGGGUAGUUCCCUGCUUGGCAAAAAGAAAAUGGAGAAGGCCCAAGAGGAGAUGGCAGGAGGAUUCGAGCGAGAUGAUACAGGUCCGGCCAAAAAGGACAAAUCAGAACCUUUGCCUCCGUGGUUUGACGGAGACCUUGGUGCGAACAUUGCUAAGCAAAAGGCUUUCGAACGCGACGAUUGGCAAAAGACCAAAGCAUACAACGAAGAGUUCCAAUUUGCCGAGGUACCACCUUUGGGCCGUCACUCAUCUCGUGAGGUUAUUGAUCUCGAUCUUGAAGAAUCACAAUCUAAAGAUACAAGUCAACAAGUCAUCGACAUCUCGGACGAGGAAGAGGAGAAGGAGAUCACUUCAGAGCCUGCAGACACGAGUCUUGCUAUGGGUGACUUAGCAGAUCGUGUUAAAGCAGUGCCUCCUACUUUGAGCAGUUCCGAAAAGGACAAAGUCGAGACGUCAGCAGCAUCGGUUAUUAGUCGCAAAGAUACAGGGGAAACAUCACUGGAUGAGACUCCUGUCGUCGCAGAGCAAGCCAAGCAAGAUGUCGCGCCGGCGAAGAACAAUCCAUUCGCAGAAGAAGAGGACGACGAUGAAGAAGACGAGGCCAUGGAGUGGGAGCAAGUCGGAAGUCAGCAGACUAACUUCGAGAAGGCACCAUCAGCAACGACUCGGCCUCAAUCAAAAGAGCCUUCGCCAACACUCACAAAGCAACCUACGCCAGAAGCUGAAAAAGAGGCUGUCAAGUCACCAUCACCAGACUUUGAAAACGUAGACAUCCCAGACCAAUCUGAAGAAGUACAGCCAGCAAAGGAUCAGUCUCCUGUAAAUCCAGCUGCAGACAUACCGGGGUCUGUAACUGGUACAGCAGACCAGAACCUUCCAGCAGAGUCUGCAGCCGACGAGUUCGGGUACUACUCGGACUCUGAGGAUGAUGAGUUACUCCGUCAGCUUGCCACUGAAACAGAAGAACAUGCUCGAUUUGCUUCGUCUCUCAACAAUAAGACGCAACAACAGAACGUGGAAGAUUAUGAGCGUGAAUUGAAGCAGCUCCGCUCUCAGCAAAAGAAAGACAGACGUGAUGCUGAUGAAGUGACACAUGUCAUGAUUCAAGAAUGUCAACAACUGCUGAAGUUAUUUGGUCUGCCUUACAUCACUGCACCAAUGGAGGCCGAAGCUCAAUGCGCAGAACUUGUCACUCUUGGUCUAGUCGAUGGUAUUGUGACUGAUGAUUCGGAUUGCUUCCUUUUCGGUGGCACUCGCAUCUACAAGAAUAUGUUCAACCAGGCCAAAUUCGUCGAGUGCUACCUGACCACCGACUUCGAGAAGGAGUUCGACCUGACACGACAAAAGAUGAUCGGCAUCGCCCAACUCCUCGGCUCAGAUUACACGGAGGGUCUUCCAGGCGUAGGCCCAGUGACCGCGCUCGAGAUCCUAUCCGAGUUCCCUGAUCUCAGGGACUUCCGCGACUGGUAUAAUGCCGUUCAGAUGAACCAGAUACCCAAAUCCGAAGACGCCGCAAAUUCCUUCCGCAAANAGUUCCGUCGUCAAACGACAAAACUCUUUCUACCCUCCAACUUCCCCGACCCCAGAGUGGACACGGCAUAUCUGCAACCAGAAGUCGACAGCGACCCAUCUGCUUUCCAAUGGGGUGUUCCCGACUUGAGCGCCCUACGAAGUUUCCUCAUGGCGACGAUUGGCUGGAACUCUGAGCGCACAGAUGAAGUCCUUGUUCCUGUCAUCAAGGAUAUGAAUCGUAGGCAGGAGGAAGGUACACAAGCCAACAUUACAGCAUUCUUUGAUGGUGGCAUUGGUGCUGGUGCUUAUGCGCCUAGAAAGAGGAUCGAACAGGGUAGUAAGCGUAUGGGUAGUGCUCUUGAUCGCAUGGCGCGAGAGGCAAAGAAGAAGAGGAAGGGUCGUGUUGUGGAGGAUGAAGAAGAGUAUACCGAGACUGCAGAGGCGGAGAAACCAGCGCCAAAGAAGAAGGCAAAGAGGAACUCGAAGAGAUCUGCUGCUGCCACUGCUUCGGCUGAUGUCUAA